AAGUAACUUAAGAAUCAUUUUGAAGUAAUGAACACUUCUGAAGCACUCUUGAAAAUUCAAAAAGUCUGAGAUGUAGGAACUCUAACCCAAAACACAUCAAAGACAGAAGUCAUUCAUGCCUGCUGUUAAUAAGUGCUUAUUGUAUUCAGAAGUCUAGCUUGGAGGGUGUCACAGCAACCUCCUUCCAUAGAACCUUCUGAAUGAGUGGGCUACAUGGUGGCCAUUGGGAGAAGCAAGUUUGUGCUCCAAGUGUGACAGCACAAUCAGUAACCAGAUUGCAGAGCUGGACAGAAAUCCAUGCUCAAGCAUGGUGUAAGGGUACAGCCUGCCUGCUCCAGGCCGAGCUGGUGAACUAUGAGCGUGUCAAGGAGUACUGCCUGAAGGUGCUGCAGAAAGAAGGUGAGAAUUUCAAGGCACUCUACCGGUCGGGAGUUGCAUUUUACCACCUGGGUGACUACAACAAGGCACUCUACUACUUGAAAGAGGCAAGAUCCCGCCAGCCAACAGGGCUGGACACAACUCACUUUAUCCUUAGCCUUACUUCAAGGAUUCUCCCCUUGGGCAGCAAGUUUGCAGAGUGUCUAAAGACAUUAGCUGUGGCCUACUGCAGAGGCUGCAGCUCAAGCUGGAAGGUACCAGUGCUGCUGGAAUGCCACCUUUGUGCAGAAGCAGGAUAGGGAAGAAUUCAUCCCAACCAAAAUAUUUUAUGAGUACGAGAACAAACUUUUUCAUUUUAGCAAAACCAGAAGACUAUUUGCAGUCCCAACAGCUAUGCCUCCCAGCUCCUCUGUAGAGGAGCAGCAUUUUUCUCUGCUUAGACAGACAUUAUCUUUAAAAGCAUUCAUUAGGAUGCUUCAACUUGUGCUGUGAAGACAGUCUCAUGUUUGUUCAAGUAUCUGUCAUCCACACGUCCAAAACCAAAAUAAUUAAUUUGGAAAGCAAAGUGAUUAUAUGCCCAAGCAGCCUAAGCUAGUCAGACCAGCCAGCUGUAUGCCAACCUACCCGAAAUCAGAAGGAAGCAGAGGCCCACAAUGUAGAGAUGGUGCUUUUCAAACCAAUUUCGUGAAAAGAAAUAAAAUUUUGCAAGACUUGGAGGAAAAUUAAAGGACCACAAGAAAGUCAAACAGAAACCAUGUGCAAGGGAAACCCCAGAGAGCAGCUCCCUCCCACACCUGUGAGCACAGAGUGAAAGCUGGGUGUGGAAUAGGAGUGAGUACAGUGGUGCUGGUGUGCCUUGAGCUAGAGGAGGCAACAGAGGUAGUCAGAGCUGACUGCGUGCAGUGUCCUGGUCCUGCUGGGCUCCUGCAGAGACAGUGUCCUGGAGAAGCACUGGGAUUCCACUCCCCUUCCACCUCCUGUACAGGCACCCAGUCCCAUCUGCCAUGCUUGGCCCCAGGCUCUGGGCAGUCUGACAGCACAGCUGCGCACCCCACACUGCUGAGCAAAUGUGCUUAAAAGCUCAGUUUAGCCUAUUUACAGUGUACCCUUCUGCUUUCAGCCCAUGCCAGAACCAGCAAAUAGGGAAGCCUGUGUAAAGAAAAACAGAGGAAAAUAAGUUUAUCAGAACCUCAAGGUUAAGAUAGGCUCAGAUGUGAAAAAGCCUUUCUAGCUGAACCACUUUUUAAAAUCUGUUCUGUAUUGUUGUUCUUUUUUCUCCCCCCUCUCAGGAAUACUAUUUAUUUGGUAUCCCUCAUUCCUUCCUGAAUGAAAAACGAAUGUAUUCAACAGCAGCAGCUUCAAAUACCACUACUUGCUGCAGAGAAAUACCAGAAACUGUCCCCAAAGACCCUUAAUGUAUACAAAAAACAGUUCUGGCCUUCAGCAUCAGACUCUUCUCUUUUACUGUCAGACUAUCUGAGGCCAUUGUUGCACUGUUUUAUUUAUGAUUAUUGAGAACUUGCAGGGUAUUCAAGGGAAAGAACUGAAUACUUCUUUAAGUAAGAAAGGAUGUGUCUGUUGCAGCAGUAGGAACCGGGUGAUGCUAUCAAGAAAUGUUAUUAUAUGACCUGGAGUAACUCAGAGUCUCCACUUUCAGUGUCUCCAUCUGCAAAAUGUGAUCAUUUCUUUUGUCUGAGGUUUCACCAAGCUUGUGGUAAAGCACUUGGUUAUCAUUACAGUCAUGUUCUGCCCUUUUUUUUCCCCCCCCUCUUCUCUCUUUAAUAGGACUGUUUUUGGCAGAAAUUACUGACAGUCUCUUCAGUGGGGGCAAUUUUAAAUGGCAAAGAAGAAUUAGUUAGCAGAUGGUUUUACAGAUCUGUCAGCAGAUCUUAUAGCUGUUUAUUGUCCACCAAUAGUGAGGCCUGGGUUUGUCCUGAUUUCUUAUGCUAUCUCCGAAUAAAAAGAAAAACAUACAAAAGCAGAUAGAAAUAGUACAAGAUUACUGUAUAACAAUUCUGACUAAGAAACUGCUUGGAAAGAUAGAAGAAAGCACUGCUAAGCUGUGCAGAGCACCUUUCCAUAAACCAGUGCCCAGAAGCUGUACAUCACAAAGCUGAACUUUGAUGUAACAGACUUGGCAUACACCUUACUUACCUUCAGCUGUGCUCAACUUCUUCCCAUCCAUCUGAUCACACCAUCAAGGUGACCACUGGCCAGAGAUGCAAAGGGACCAUGGGUUGGCCUGAGAACACCAGACACAGUGCUCUGGCCAGAGGGCCUAUGCACCAGGCCAGCUUCCCAUGCUACACAGGAGUUGGCUUUAAUGCUCAGGACUCUGAUCCUGGGAGCAAAGCUCUAGGCCACAGUACCUGCCCCAGAGGCACACGACCAGCCCUGAAGCUACAGGGAGAAGCAACACAGCAAAAAAGCCAUAGGAACAGCCUGAGAGCCAAGAGAUACAUUCCUACUGCAGCAUCACCAUCUUUCAGCGUGGCCUGACCAGCCCCAGACUGCCCUUACCUGUUACUUACACAUCAGUACUUCCUCACUGAGAAGCACAAAACCCUCCACUCAUUAACUUUUAGUUUUGAAAGACUGCCUAUGAAGCUAGAGUAGCACAGUAUUAUUUAAAGGAAAAGACAAGGCUCCAUUUUUUUCCACAAGUAAAGCGCUACUCAUUACUCCUCUCUAGUAAAGCAAUAGCUCUCAAAGGAGAAACAAAACACGUCUCCACCUGCCAGCAGAUUUUUUUUUUAGCUACCUUGCAAUUAGACUUUCUCCCGCCCCCUGUCAGUGGCACCUUAUUUUGCCCGUGGCUCUCUAUGCCUGUUGCAAUCUUCUGGGUGAAUGAGGCUGUGCUGGCCUCUGACUGUGCAGCCCAACAAAGAGGAUGGUUACCUUUGUGAUAAGCUAUCAGGUGCUAGAAGGGCAGAGCAGGUAGAGUGAAGGGAGGCCAAACACUCAGGACCACCCCCUUAGCUGAACUGCUCCACUUCUGGAAGCUGUGCAACUGAAACUAAUUCUGCUCUUUUUAAAAGGCUGCUUUAAAAUUGGUUAGGCUGGUAUGGAGUGCUGCUGCUCCUUAUCUAACACAAGUGACAGCAGAACGCCUUGCUUCACUAAGGUUCCCCGAAUGGGACAAGUAGCUAAAUCACUGAAUUCUAUCCCUGAACUGACUUGGGUGAUGCUGGUAAGCCUGCAGAAGGCUUAGCCCAGAGCCCCACCUCACCAGAGAUGGCUUGGAAAGUCACAACAGCGUUGCUGCAAUGGAGAGCUCUGUGUAAAGAGGGGCUGAACCACCUCCCAUGGCCUCCACUUGAGCUGAGGGGCACAAUAGAGGGGUCCACCUCUCAAUUUUAAAGUAAACUUUGCACCCACAACUCCUUCGGUGGGUGCAGUACCUGCACUUGCUAGCAACUGGCACGGUACCAGUAGUGUGCUCAUCUCUUUGGAAGCUCAAGCACUUCUCCUUUCCUAGCUGGUGUGGGACAUGUUGCUGUUCGGAUGAGGGAGAGAUGAGAUCGCUCUCUCACUGUGGGCAGAGCAGAUGCAGUGUGCUUCAGAUUGAUUUCUGAAGCUGUAAUAACUUAUAAUGGACAAAGCUGGCCCUGGUUGGCCCUCUGAGUAUAGCUGUGAGCAAAGAACCAUUUUUAAAUUAAUACAUAAGUGAAAGCAGUUAUUUUUUAUGCUUGCUUGCUUCUGAUAGCACACACCAUUUGCUACUAUGUGGAUGCCAGGCUCUUGUGAUAGCAGAUCAAUGUGAUUGGAGAUAGGAGUGACCUUAGCUGUAGAAGCAUGAAGUCUUUCUGAAGACAUGCUUGUGCAAAUUAACCUGUGCCUUGAGUGAAUGGCAAAACUUUGUGUGCUGUAUGCACUGUGCUAGCGCAACGAAAUACUGUAAGGAAAAAAAUAACUUACCACAUGACAGGGAUCUCACAGCUCUCUACACAGACAAAGCAAUGUUUCUAUGUCUGUUUGGUUUGAGGGUUUGGUUCAGAGCCCCUUCCCACUGAAGCUGUUCCUGCAGCCCAGGAACAGGAGAUGCACCACAGAUGAGAGGUGUGGUGUGUCUGUCUUUCACGGGAAGUUGUAACCUCUCUACGUGUAUGUGUGUGCUCUUUCC